CGUUCUCUGAAUUCAACUUAUUUUUUACGUUCUCUGAGCGAAUGUUAUAAGAAAGCAAUGUCACGAUAAAGAUGAGAUGGCAAACAGUCACAUAAAAAAUUCUGGACUGUCAAAUUAUCAAAGUUUCAGUCGUCGACACAAAACGAAAUUCUUUCUUCUUUUCUAAAAACAUAAUUUUAAGUUUCUUGUUAACAUUUUUUUAUAAGAGCUUUUUGUUUAUAAAUUUAUCAAUAUAUGCAUAACGACGCGACCAACUUAUCAAACGAAGAAAUAUUUGUGAAAUCAAGUAAAAAUCCGAAACGAGCAGUGACGGGCUAUGGCAAAAGCGUGGAAAAUUUGCGAAAGUCUCUUAAAAAUUUAUUUAUGAAUAUUUGUUAACCGCUUCGCUAAGUGCGCUAUAAUUUGAUUAGGUUAAUAAAUGUAUGUGGUGUUAUGAAUUUCAUUUAACUAUAAAAUAAAAAUAUAUUUUGAAAAAGCAGCAGGCAAAAAUUUGGGGAUUAGGUUCUUGUGUGCAGGCGGAUAAUAAGCGUACGUGUACACCUAUUACCAUAAGACCCUCUCGCGGCUAAUUAAUGUAUGUACGUAUGUACAUUCCAUACAGUACAUUUAUGGGCACGUAAAGCACAGUAAAGAUAUAGAUUGUGUAAUUUAUAUGCAAAUAAGUAACGAUAAUACAAGAAGUGCGUGUGACUGUUGCUGCUGCUCCUGCUCCAAUACGGCAAAAAGGUGGAGAGGUGUGUGAGAGCGCAACAAGUACAAUUGUGGGUUGAAUGUUUAAAUGUAAGCUUGUGUGAAAUACGACCAUCAGCAAACAUCGACGGUUACGCUAACGACAACGUCAACAGUUGAAAGUGUGUAAAAGUGGACAGCUAUAACAACAGAUUCCGGCUGCGACGUCGACUGUGACAGUGACGUGUGCGUUAAGAUUUACAAAGGGUUACUUCAGAGUGCCUAUGCUAGAAGCAAGUCCAAUUAGAUGAUAAUGCCGUUGAAAUUUCUGAAAAAGUGUCGUCAAUAUAAUGUGACAUCGAAGAGCUUGUUUGUCAUCUCUGUGCAUCAUUUGCUAGAAACCUCUACAACAGUCGACUGUACGAUAAGUUCGGAGAGUAAGGGUCAAGAGUGUUUGGACAAUGUUUGCCAGCGAUUAAAUUUGCAAAAACCUGAAUUUUUCGGGCUACGCUAUGUCGUCAAGGGUAAAGAAGAUGAACUAAAAUGGGUGGAUUUAGAUCGCUCACUGAGCAGACAGCUAGAAAAAUAUGCAGCCAGUACGAAAAUAUAUUUACGAGUACGACACUACGUGGACCCUUUGCGUAGCGAUGACUUGACGCGUUGUUAUUAUUUUCUACAAUUAAAAAGUGAUAUUUAUGAGGGUAAAAUUAUCUGCGACAUUCGCACUGCCAUACUAUUAGCGCUCUAUUGUCGACAAGCCGAAUAUGAUAGUCAUCAAAAUGACAAACAGACGAAGGAUAAUUUGAAGAAGUCACUUGUGCUGCCGAAAAAUUUACAAGGUCUUGCCAACGAUGACAACCUGCUCGACAGCCUCAUUAUGGAGGUGCUGCAACAGAACGCAGGCAUUCAACAUUUGCAGCAAUCCAAGGCUGAAGAGAUGUACAUACAGUGCUGCCAGCAAUUGGACGGUUAUGGGGAAGAGCGCUUCCCCGCGAAAGACACAUUGGGUAAUGAUCUUUUACUCGGUCUUGCUAUCAACGGCAUGGUGGUGAUGGCCGAUAAUGGGCGUCAAUAUUUCCCCUGGAAAGAGUCACAAACAGUUUCCAUCGAUAAACGUACCAUUAAAAUCGAACAAAACAAAGCGGACGGUUCAAUUGUCGGUUCGUUCAUAUUCCCAGACGCUGAAACGGCACGUUACUUUUGGAAAUUGUGCAUAACCCAACAUAAGUUCUUUAAACGCUACAUAGAUGAAGAGUCAGCGUCGUCUGUGGGUGAUGCAGAGAGUGCGAAUGGUAAUUCAAUGAGUGUAGCUGGUGGUGGUGGCGGUGGUGGCGUAUUAACUGGUGGUAUGGAUGCGUACGCUUAUGGUGACUUCAAUGAUUCACGUGAAGAUCUACUACUCGAACAACAACAACGUGCCAUUUACAAUCCCAAUGCUUUAGCAAGCAGUAUCGGUGUUGGCGGUGGCGGUGGUGUGGGUGGUGGUAGUGGCGCACUUUCAACUGUUAAUCCGGAAUUCAUGUCAGCGCCCGCAUUACAUCAUGGUUUGCUUGCGUCAACACAUGCGUCAAAUGCGUUAAUGUCGUCUAACAUUUCGCUGGCGGCCAGUCAUCAGUCUGGUGGUGGUGGUGGUGGGGGAGUUGCUAGCGGGCCGAAUGGCGCUAUGCAUUCGCAUAGUGUGGGUGCUAUCGCACCAAGUUGGUUGGCGAAGGAGUAUGGACAUGAUUACGCUUCAACGCAGCAUCUGUCGAAUAGCAUGUUGGAUACGCGUUUGCAGCAGAGCAGUUCCUGCCUGGAUCUAAGCAACAAUAAUGGCAAUAAUAUUAGCGGUGGCAGCAAUUUCCACAGCAGCAGCAAUAAUAUUGUACACGGACAUUUGGGAGGCAGCGUAACGAACAACAGCAGCGGCGUCGCAGUGCACAGUGUGGAUGCACACGAGCGUGAACGACUCAAGGCCAUGCUACCCACUUAUCGACCCGCGCCAGACUAUGAGACGGCAGUGCAAUUAAAAUAUCACACGCCAGCCAGCGAAUUGCAUCAUCCGCAAAUGAACAAUUAUGCCAACUACCAAGCGCAGCUGGCGUCAAGUGCUUCUGCUAUUGCUGUUGGUGGAGGAGCGUCCACUGUAGGUGGAGCUAUCUAUUAUGCCGGCUCACAGCCUGAUGUGCAUAAUGCGGCUGCGAUUUAUGGUGAUGGUGUGCUACUAAGUCAACUAGCCCCACAUCGUUACCCCGACGUAGCGCAGCCAGCCGCUGCAAUGCAUGCACAACAUCAUCAUCACCUAACAGCUGCGGGUGUUACAAUGGCACCGGGUGGUCACAGUAAUAGCGUUAGUGGCGGUGGUGGUGGCGCAUAUAUUGACUUGGGGCAUCGCCUGCAAAUGGUGCGUAGUAAACCGCCGCCACCUUAUCCUGUCAAUCGCCUGAAUUCUUCCUCCACACCAGACUUAGCUGUCGCCUCGCAUCGGCCGCUGAUGGGUUAUCGCUCAUAUGUUUCUGGCUCAUCGCCGGAUUUGGUGUCAAAUCGUAAUUUGCCCAACCCACAAUAUCCAUAUAUGCACAGUAGUAGUGUGGGCCCGGCGCAGGCAGCGGGCGGUGUAGCUGCAACCAAUCAUGCAUUAAUACAUCCGCAUGCCUCCUACAUAGGAGGUGGGCAUAUGGGUCAUUCGCAACCAUAUCUGCCGCAUGGCACUUUUGAGAAUUUGAAUAUGAUUGAAGAGCAACCGUCCAUAUUGUCGCAACUACGCCAGGAUUGCCUCUUUCUGACACCUAGCUAUAAUGAACAAAACUCGGCAACUUUGGCCAACAGCGCCAAUAAUGCCAAUAAUGGUAACAACAUUUACCGUCAAACGCCAACACAAGUGCCUGGUCAACCGCCGCUGCCGCAGACACCGCAGUCACAAACACAUCAACAGCAGCAGCAGCAGCAACAUCAACAACAACAACAGUUGCAAAUGCACACAUCCAACGCUUCGCUGCAUCGCAACACACUAAACGAUUCAACUGAACCGAUUUACGAGAAUGUGCCACAUACGCGUUACGUCGCUACUGAGCCGACGGUGCAACGGAAUAUGGAACAACGUUUGUCGGGUUCGUCGGCAACAAGUGAAGCGAUGCGCAAUCGUACCGCCUCUAUACAAUCUGCGCCGGGUGGUACACAUGCGCAACAGCAAAUGCCGCCGGUGCCUGCUGUGCGCCAUCAUCAUCAUCAUCAACAGCACCACAAUCAGCAGCAGCAGCAGCAGCAACAGCAACAAGCGCUUCAACAACAACAACAGCAGCAACAGCAACAAGCUCUUCUACAGCACCAGCAAGCUCAGGCACUUGCUCAGCAACAACAACAACAUGCGGAGGCUGAAGCAGCUGCUGCAGCAGCUGCACACAACAUUCAUAAAUACGCUGAACGCGCAGCCAGCACGGAGGUACAGUACUUAGAACCCACACCACCGCAGCGUGCAAUUCGUGCGGCCUCUGCAGCACCAGCAAUUGGGCAUAAUAGCAGCAAUAGCAACAAUGCACACCAGCCACAGCCAAUAAUGCAAACACCGCCACCAAGACAACACCAUCACGCUCACAAGACGCAGCUCAUGCAGAGUGCUUCCUCUGUUUCUUCUGUGGACGGCACAGGUGCGACCUCGAAGAUUACCACACCUCCUAACAGUAUGGGUACACGUGCGCAUACAUCCUCCGCCCUGCACGAUGACUCGACAGACUCAAUGUUGCUCGCAGCGCAGCAUCAAUUCAGUGCCAUGAAUAUAUCUUCAAUUUCAUCUAAUCCUUCAUCUUCGGGAGCGGCCACCAUGCAGCAUUCUUCGUCGCACCACCAUCAGCAACUUCAUCAUCGCUCAUAUAACUCAUCACUUUUAGACACAACUGCCAAUUCGAGCAACACCACCACCAACAGCUCCAACACAACAAAUUCGUCCAAUACUACCGGCAAGGAGGGCAAACGCAGGAAGAUAUGGAAUAUUUUGGGUCGCAGUAAAACACCGGAUAAACAGAAAUCCGCAACGCUCGGUCGGGAGAAGGCAUCAUCGUCGAAUGCUUCAAAGACAGCGGCGAAAAUUAAGCUCGCACAAGAUGAUUUAAAUCUGAUGCAUCGCUGGUCGACGGGCGUUUCGCGACUGCAGCCGAUUUCCGGCCAAUAUUCGAAGGAAAAAUUGUGUCCCAUACUUACGGAGAAAUUAAAUGAUCCGCAACUCUUCAUGGAAUUCGAAAGUAUACCAAAACGACGUGAAAAUGCUACAUACGCUUGCGCGUUAAUGGAGGAAAACGCUAAGAAAAAUUCCGAUCCAAAUUUUUUGCCCUACGAUGAUAAUCGUGUGUGUAUAACGCCAACGUGGGAAAAUAAAACGGGAUAUGUAAAUGCUUCUCGCAUUUCGGCUACAGUUGGCACGAAACAACGAUUCUAUAUAAUUGCUCAAUCGCCACAGGAGAAAAUAACCACAGAUAUCUUCUGGCAAUGUGUUUGGGAAGCUGAUGUCUAUUUGAUUGUAAAGCUAUCUGAGGGCUUAAAUUAUAUGCCACCGAAUAGCAAUCAGCGACUGGAGUUUGAUCAAUUCCAAGUGUAUCAGGAAUUCUCGCAAACCACAGAUCGUUGUAUUACCAGCAAAUUGCGUCUGUUUCAUAUACCAUCGCGUCGCUAUCGUUCCGUAUGGCAUUUGAACUACACGAAUUGGGGUGAACAGAAUUGUCCACUUGAGGUGAAUCACUUUUUGGAUUUUCUCGAAGAGUUAAAUUCUGUGCGCAUGGCUUCGAUUAACGAAGUGCCACCCGGACAUAAUACCAAUCCGCCAGUGUUGAUACACUGUCUUGAGGGUGGUGGACGCUCGGGCGUAACGUUGACCGCUGAUUUAUUGCUCUAUACGCUGGAUCAUAAUGAGGAUUUGGAUAUACCACGCGUUAUUGGUCAACUACGACAUCAGCGUGAUAGCAUAAUACCGUCCUUAGCGCAGUAUAAAUUUAUUUAUAGUCUACUCAUAACCUAUUUAAAGCGUACACGUUUAAUUUGAGUGCCAAAUAUUGGCUAUCAAUCAACUCAAAAUAAUAAUCAAAAACACCCUACCACACUCUUGAGGCCAUUAUUACGAAAUUGAAGCAAUUCUAAAUUGCAAUAGUUAUAAAUGAAAAUACUUGAAAAGCAAUGAUAACGAAAAAUCUAUGCGUAUUGGUAAUUUUUAAAAUUUACAACAAAGCAUGUUUAACUGUUAAGUAACGAUAUUUAUAUUUAUAUGAUACAAACAUACAAAAACAAAAAACAAAAAUAAGCAAAAAAAGAUAAACGAAAAGCGAAAAGCGAAGAGUAUGCAAUGAACGAACAACUAAAAAUAUGCGAUAAAUGAUAGCUAAUAAUUAAGCAGCUUUAUAUGCAAUACAUUUUAAAACAUACAUACAUAAUACUAAAUAAAUAAAUAAUAUAAUAUAUGGUGCUUCCAUCUAAGAAAAAAGUGACUGACCGAUAACUAACCAUACAAACUAAAUAAAUUAUGAUAAUUAAGUCAAUUACGAAACAAUUUAUUGUUUAAAUGUUGAAAAUUUAUGAAAGAGCCGCAUUGAAAUUUAUAACACGUUAUACGCUAAUUAAGCUUAAACCAACUGUUAAAUGCUAUCAUUAUCACUGUACAUCUCUAAACUAUAUCCAUAUCAUUAAACCCAAUCAUUAUAGGAAUUAUAGCAAUUAUUUUACAAAUCACAAAAUGCUUAGAUUUUUUUUUUUACCUCUAUCAUUGAAAAAAACAACAACUGCAAGAAACAAAUGAUCAUGUAUUAAUUGUGAACCGUUUUCAAAUUUUGCUCAAAUGCUUUUAAAAAGCUCAUUUAGCAAACAUUUAAAUACUUGUAUGAUUUGCCUAAUUGUUAAUAAAGUUAUAAAAAGUAUUUGAUGUAUGUAUGUAUGUAUUAGUUAGCGUUAAAUUUAUGUAAGUGCAUAAGUGCCUGUAGUCGUUUUAGCGGCUCAACAUUUGAUAGACAACAAAUUAAAAAAUAAAUUUACAUUUUUAACAAAAAGAAAAAACAAAUUUAAAAAUAUGUAUUAAAAAAGUAUUUCGAUUCGUUUUUUCGUUUGACAGCUUUCGGAAUAUGUAGUUAUAUUGCCUUAUGAAGUUAAACAAAAAUUGCAUAUCAUUGUAGUCAUUCAGUUUUAUUUGAACAAAAUGCAAUAUUAUAU